UCGAUUCGGGUUCCCCUUAAAUCAUCUUCCACCUUCAGCACCUCCUCCUCCCCCACUACUUUUGCCGCUACCGUCAACCCAUCAGCUUCCCAGCUUCUUCCUUUCAUACCCGACAGCUCUCCUUCACUCCCUGUGACCUAUCACUCUCCAUAUUAACCAUGGCCGACUCUCUGACCGAAGAGCAAGUUUCCGAGUACAAGGAGGCCUUCUCCCUUUUUGACAAGGAUGGCGAUGGCCAGAUCACCACCAAGGAGCUGGGCACUGUGAUGCGCUCUCUCGGCCAGAACCCCUCCGAGUCUGAGUUGCAGGACAUGAUCAACGAGGUCGACGCUGACAACAACGGCACCAUCGAUUUCCCUGAAUUCCUUACCAUGAUGGCCCGUAAGAUGAAGGACACCGAUUCCGAGGAGGAGAUCCGUGAGGCGUUCAAGGUCUUCGACCGCGACAACAACGGUUUCAUCUCCGCCGCGGAGCUGCGCCACGUCAUGACCUCCAUCGGCGAGAAGCUCACCGAUGAUGAGGUUGAUGAGAUGAUCCGCGAGGCGGACCAGGACGGUGACGGCCGUAUUGACUACAAUGAGUUCGUCCAGCUCAUGAUGCAAAAAUAAACGGUUCUCCAUGUUCUAUUUCUAUUGCGUUAGCGGAAAGGGUGGGAGCAAAUGAAAUCAACCUCACUAUGUCCCGCCUUGUUUCUCAUACCGUCGCCUGUAGUCUCUUCAUUUGGCUAUGACUCUCACUGCCUGUAACCGUCGAGCGUUUUCCAUCAUCAUUGUUGGUUCUGUUGUUGCACGGAACGGUAGAAGUGACCUUGAAGUCUAGACUGGUCCGAGCGAGCUGGGGAUGAGGUGUUAGAUAAGGGAUCAGAAUGUCCCCCACGCUUGCCCGGUGUUUCUCUGUUGUGUCUUGGCAGGAAUGCUUGUCUUCCUGAUGCAUAUCUUUCCUCUCAAGUCUUUUCCCCGAUGCACAAAUCUCCCUGUGGCCUUGCCUUUCCGAGUCUGCUUCCCUAAUCAUCUGAUUUUUCGUAGCGACUCAAUUACAUGAAGAUAAUGCACUGGUUAGCCGCCGGGUGCACUUGCAAACAUACUUGACAUAACUCGC